UAGAUAUAUAGAUAUAGAUUAAGAAAGACACGCACAAUCCCUAACGUUCACCGCUUUGAGUUUUAAAUCCGCCGCCCUGCGUUCACCUCCGCCUGAGUUUCCACCGUCCGCCGUCGUCGUGGUUGUGUUUCCCCUCCCCUGAGUUGUAACUGUCCGCCCGCACCGCCUGCCCUCAUCGGCCUUGCGUGAGUUUCCGCUGGCCGCCCUCGUCGAUCUCGCCUGAGUUUCCACCGUCCGCCAUCACCUUUCUUUCUUCUUCCUUUCGCUUUCCUCGUCGUCUGAAUCUACAAUUUUCCAGCUAACGAGACGCGACUUCGCCCUCUUGUCUGUGCUGGACUAGUCGCGCCCUGUGGUCGUGCUCGCCACGACUUAUCCUCCUACCUCGCCGCACUCUGUCUAUCCCACUUGGUUCAUCUUUCCUAGUGAUUCUCCAUCUUGGAAGGUUGUGGAUCAUAGGUGGCGAGAAUUUCAAGAUGAACCAAGACAUCUUAGACUAGCUUUGUCUACUGACGGGAUCAAUCCUCAUAGUUUGAUGACCUCCUCAUAUAGUUGUUGGCCAGUUUUAUAGAAUAUUUCAGAUACAGCAUCUCGAAGGUAAUCCUGCAAUCAAGUGAAAAUUGUUUAACAAGAAACGAUUGACAUUGAGGACAGUGCAAAACUGAUGUCUGGACUCAUUGAAGGUCUUCCUGAUGCUGUGGUGUUAAGGUGCCUUGCACGGGUUCCUUUUCAUCUUCAUCCCAAGCUGGAACUUGUUUCACGUUCCUGGCGGGAAGCCAUUCGCAGCGCCGAACUCUUCAGAGCCCGUCGAGAGGUAAAUGCAACCGAGGAUUUCAUAUGUGUGUGUGCAUACGACCCCGACAAUCUGUGGCAACUUUAUGAUCCUCAACAUGACCUCUGGAUCACUCUUCCUGUACUUCCCUCGAGCAUCCGCCACCUUGCACACUUUGGCGUUGUCUCGGCCGCAGGAAAGUUGUUUGUGCUCGGUGGUGGUAGUGAUGCUGUAGAUCCUUUAACUGGUGAUCAGGACGGGUGUUUUGCAACUGAUGAGGUUUGGUCGUAUGACCCGAUGACCAGGGAAUGGACCCUACGCGCGUCCAUGAUCGUUCCUCGUGCCAUGUUCGCUUGCUGCGUGCUGGACGAGAAGAUAAUUGUUGCUGGUGGUUUUACUAACUGCAGGAAAUCAAUAACUAAAGCCGAAAUAUACGACCCGGAAAAGGAUACGUGGCUUUCGAUACCAGAUCUCCAUCAAUCGCACAACUCUGCGUGUACGGGGGUGGUUAUCGAAGGUAAGGUUCAUAUCUUGCACAAGGGUUUAUCAACUGUGCAAGUGUUGGAAAACAUCAAGCAGGGAUGGACUGUUCAUGACUUCAGUUGGCUACAAGGUCCCAUGGCAGUUGUGAAAGGAAAGCUCUAUAUAAUGAGCCACGCCCAGAUUUGCAAGCAGGAGAGAGAUUCAAAUAAGCUGAUUGUUUCAGCGUCCGAGUUCCGCAGGAGGAUUGGCUUUGCGAUGAUAGGGUUGGGAGACGACAUUUAUGUCAUCGGAGGCGUGAUCGGGCCGGAUAGACUCAACUGGGACAUCAAGGUGACGUCUGACGUGGAUGUGCUGACGCUCGGGAACGAGAGGUUGGUGUGGCGUGGGGUGGCCCCGAUGACAAGGUGUCGGGGGACGAUUCUUGGGUGCACACACCUGAGGAUUUAGGGGCAGUAAUGGUGUUGUUGAAAGAGAAGAAGAGCCUGUAAACAAAACGUAUAAUGAUGCUUCUCAGUAACGUUGGGUGUUUGGACAUACUUUUUUUGGGUUGUCCAAUACUUGUUGAAUAUGAGGCAUUGCAUUACAUUACAUUACAUUGCCUUACCUGCUUUUUAGUUUAGAUUUAGAUACAUUGACAUCAAUGGAUAUCUAUUCAUUCA